AUGUCUCAAACAUCAGUAACCAGCCGAGAAGCAUCCCGUCAGUCAGAGUCAGUUAUUUCGCUCGAGAACGAAGCCCUGGUAAGGUCCUUAUGUGCCACCGAAGCCUUCCUACCAGCACCAAUCGACAUCAACGUGAGUCGAGCGGAACAAAUCACGUUGCCCGAGCUUCGCUGGAAUAACUACGAUUCUAUACCGGCCAGCAUAAAGCUUACCAACACCGGUGAUACGGUUAUUUUAAGUGCACGCUGGGAUGGUGAAGGACCAUCGCUCGAGGGUGGUGCCCUCGACGGACGCUACCGGUUCUCGCAGCUUCACUUCCACUGGGGCUCAUCCGCGCUGGACGGUAGUGACCACACGAUCGACGGUUACCGGUUGCCACUCGAGAUGCACUUGAUACACUUUUCGGAGCGUUUCGGCGACCAGGACGAGGCUCGACCCAACCCAGGCGGUUUACUGUGUGUGGUGUAUUUCUUCAACCUAAAAUUGAACCCCAACCGGUUCCUGGCACCCCUAGUUGACGCACUGGCGAAUGUCCGACUGCCGGAAGCGCACGUUAAGCUCGAACCAUUCCCGCUGGUCGACCUGUUCCAUGCGUUCACGGAUGAGUACUUCCUGUACUGGGGAUGUACCCGGGAUCGAACGCAGGUGGCACCGAUGUUGUGGAUGUUGUCGCGAACACAAGAACCACUCGAUUUCCGCCAACUAAAGCAGUUCAAUCAGCUACUCGACCGACGGAUGCGUCCUCGCAGCACAAUUGAACCAACUGAGCUUCGUCCGGAUAAGGGCAGGCGCUUGUUUCACGUGAACCCGCGAAACCCGAUGGCGGUUAGUACGCUCAUGAUCGAGCCCCCGGAGAAGUUCUCGCAAACGCGCUGGUUCGCUGACCGGCAACCUGUUGAUUGGGCUUCGUCGGAUGCCUGCCGAAAUUAUGUGCGAAUGGUGCGGCAGUUGUUGGCUAAACGGGGUGAGCAAGGUGAUGAGGAGGAACUCUGUCCGGACGUAAUCCUCUCGAAGCUCUAA